AAGCCGAAAGUGAACUACAGUAACCAACAAGCUCCGUAAUUGUUUCUGCUAUAACUAUGUUUUUAUCUUUUUUGAGAAGAUUUGUUUCUUGUUGGUCUCAGAUAAAUCGCUCUCACACACUCGUUAUGAUGAUGAAUCCAAGUGAAUGUUUUUGACCCCCCGGUCUCUGUUGGGUAACAUCAGUCUGAGUCUAUAAAUAUUGCAGUGAAUGGAAUAAGGAAGUGUGAGAGAUGACUCGUUUCUGUGACUCGUCUCUGUCUGUCUGUCUGUCUGCAGGACGACAACAUGCUGCUGCUUCUUCUCGCUGUCUGGGCCGGCCUCCUCUCAGCAGCAGCCCGCGUGUCAGCGAUGGCCACUGAGACGGUCGUGGGCGUGGCCGGGAGAGACGUAACUCUGCCCUGCCGCUGUGGGGCGGCGGAGCAAGGCGACGUGGAGGUGUGUUGGGGGAGGGGCGAGCCUUCACUCUUCACCUGCCACAACGCCGUGAUCAGCGGGACUGGAAACCACGUGACUUACAGACGUUCAAACAGGUUCUCCAUGUCGUCCUCCUCCUCUCUGUCCAUUUCCUCCUCCCGACCAGCAGACACUGGUUUCUAUCACUGCAGAGUUCAGCUUCCAGGCCUCUUCAAUGACCAGCUGUCCAUCGUGCACCUCCUCAUCGUCAGACCUCCCGCUUCGAUUUCUCAGCCCACAACCCAUGAAAAUGAGAGGAACUCAGAAUCAGCGCUCACCGCGAUGAAUGACUUGAUGGUAACAACUGGAGGUGAUGUCACAGACAGCAACAACCCACAGCUGCUGGUCGCUAGAGUUCAGUCUCAAGUUCAGCAGCAUGAAAUCUCUCUGCAGUUUUUCAUUGGAGUCACUCUGCGAUUCUCCUCCGUCAUCUUCAUCCCUCUUUUGGUCUCAGCUUUGUUUUACCGAGUUUGGAGAUCUAACCCGAGGUUUCAGACAGACACGAGACCAGACGAGUCAGAAGACGAGGAUGAUGAUUCCGUGUGAAGAGGAGACAAUCACUGCUUGUGUUUUAUCUGAUGUAUAAAUGCUUUAACAGCAUAUAUUUAAGUCUGUUAUAUUAACAUUUUUUUCUUGUAGCUCUGAUCCACAUAGACAAAAAAAAUCACAAAUUUGUUGCAAAACACAAAUCUGUCUCUCCUCUGAUUUUUAAUACUCAGCUUAGUGCAUUUUCUCCAACUACAUAAAUAAAGUUGCACCACAAGGCUCCUCA